AUACAAUGAGUCAACUCUGGUGUCUGGACUCUGGUCUUGCUGCUGCCCAUUGGCCAUUUCAGAAGAGUCACAUGACGAAGAUGCCUUGUAAAUGAAGAUGCUGGUAGCACAGUUUCUUUGGCUUCCAGUUGUGAGCGCCUCCUUCAGCAAGCUUUCCACCAUGAUCGAGCCCUUCCUGGGAACUUGGAAACUGGAAUCCAGUGAAAACUUCGAGGAAUACUUGGAACAACUGGGGGUGCCCGUCACCAUCCGGCACCUGGCUGCCCUGGAGAAGCCGAAGCUCAGCAUCAGCGCCCGCGGGGGGAAGGUGAGCAUCAGAACGGAGACCUCCUUCAAGAACUUCGAGAUCUCCUUCAGGCUCGGCGAGGAGUUCGACGAAACCACGGCGGACAACCGGAAGGUGAAGAGCAUCAUAACGUUAGUUAACGGCUCACUGGUCCAUGUCCAAAAAUGGCUCGACAAAGAGACAGCAAUCACAAGACAAAUUGUACAUGGGAAAAUGAUAGCGAAACAUACCAUGAACAAGGUUGUCAGCACGAGAGUCUUCAAAAAGGUGUGA